UUAAAGUUCAGCCACUACACGUGGAUCCAUACAGGAUUCAGGGGAAGUAAAUAAGUUAUUGCGGUAAAUCAUACUACUACCGAGCAAAAUCUGUUUUCUUCGCGCUUUUUUCUCCAAACAAUUGUGCGCCUUAUCGAGUUAUUCCAGUGAACGUAAUGAAUAAAAUCGCGCCAGUUUUGUUCAAAAAACAGCUGUGAGCUCCUCGUUGAAGAGGUUGUCAUGACAUGCUGAAAUUAUGUCGAUUCGUUAAAUGUUUAUCACGUCACACAAUUAUUCCAGCGCUCAAAAAUAAAGGUGAGUUCCUUAAAGAAGCGUUGUGUUGUAAAGUAAUUCCCGAAUGUUCAUUUAUGAACACGGCUGUAACGUUCUUCAGGGUGGCCAGAUCCUAUCUUGAAGUGUCAUAGAUUUAGCAUAUCCUGCAAGAUGACUGAGGAUUCAAAAAACGCCGAAACCAAAGCUUUGAAAAGAUCAGCGGACGAUGCACUGGUUGAGAAUGAGCAUGAAGACAAGAAGCUUAAAACAGAGCAGGAUGGUGACAAGAAGUUCCCUAAGAAAAAGGUGGCUCUGCUGAUGGCAUACUCAGGCAAGGGGUAUUAUGGCAUGCAGAGAAAUGCAAAGAACUCUCAGUUCAGGACUAUUGAGGAUGAACUGGUUGUAGCCCUUAUCACAGCAGGAUGUAUUCCAGAGGGCCAUGGAGAUGACAUGAAGAAGAUGUCUUUCCAGCGAUGUGCACGAACUGAUAAGGGUGUUUCCGCUGCGGGUCAAGUUGUGUCACUGAAGUUGUGGAUGAUUGAAAACAUCCUGGACAAAAUCAACAGCCAUUUGCCACAUAACAUAAGAAUUUUAGGUUACAAGAGAGUAACGGGAGGCUUCAAUUCCAAAAACAACUGUGAUGCCAGAACGUAUUCUUACAUGCUUCCAACUGUGGCGUUCUCCCCAAAAGACUAUAAUCAGGAGGACAUGUCGUUCCGUGUGAGUUCAGACACCCUUCAGAAGGUCAACCGUUUGUUCAGCUUGUACAAAGGCACCCAUAACUUUCACAAUUUCACCUCACAAAAGGGUCCACGGGACCCCAGCGCCAAGCGCUACAUCACUCGCAUGUCUUGCGGUGAGCCCUUUGUAAGACAAGAAGCUGAGUUUGCCGUUGUCACAGUUCGAGGCCAGAGCUUCAUGAUGCACCAGAUCCGGAAGAUGAUCGGUCUGGUGAUCGCUGUGGUUAAAGGAUAUGUGGAUGAGGGGGUGAUCGAGAGGAGCUGGGGAGAGGAAAAGAUUGAUGUUCCCAAGGCACCUGGUCUUGGAUUAGUGUUGGAGAGGGUGCACUUUGACCGUUACAACAAACGCUUUGGAGGAGAUGGUAUCCAUGAGACUCUGGAAUGGACUGAGGAAGAGGAUGCUAUCACUGCUUUUAAGGAUAAGCACAUUUAUCCGAGCAUUGUGGAGACCGAACUCCUUGAGAAGUCCAUGGUGAACUGGAUGGCUACUCUAUAUAUACAUGAUUUUGAAGCCACCGCAACAGGGAACCAAGACCGCAAAGAUGAUGAUGAAGGAAAUGCAUCUGACUGAAUCACCGAGAGGCAGACCCUUUUUUUAUUUUACUUAUACCAUAAUUUUUUUUUUAUAGUUUCCACAAAAUAAUGCUGAAAUAAAUGUUUCUUUUACCAAUG